AUGGAUCAACAACUUUCCCCGGUGUGGAAACAUCUCCCUCUCGAAAUAGUUCAAGAAAUCCUGGGCCAUUACGUUGAAGACAUUCUUUACACUUGUCGGACAUAUCCCGAUUGGUCCGUCAUUGCCGAAAUUCGCGAACAAGGCCCCCCUUUCGACGACAUUUACCAAUUUCAGAGGGAAAAUCUCGAGGAACCGGCCUGCCAAUCUCUUCUGACAGCCGCGACAAUAUUCCGCCAGGACUGCGAUCUCUUCAAGCCCUAUAAGCCUCGGAUUGAGCGCUACUUCCACGAUGGAUGGAUAAGCAGCUUGCUCUUUCUUGUGUGCGUCGACUUCGACCGCGGUUAUUACUAUCGCUAUUCCAGUGUCCCUCCACGCACCUACAAGCACACCCGCUCCGUGGCCGAUACCAGCGGCGGAAAGGCCACAUUCCUUCUCCAUACGUCUGCGGUUAGCCUGGGCCAACAUACAGUUGGUGAUGACCUUGAUCUCCCCGAGCACGCGUGCAGAGUGCCACUGGUGAGGCAAUGGUGUUGUCUCGAGUAUCUCAACGGUGACUGGGCUCCCUCGCAUGCCGAGCAGGAUAAUAUUCAAGCACUCCUGGGUGUCUGGGAAAAUUACGAGAACAUGAAUGAUGAGCUUGGUCUAAGCCUAGGAGAUCAUCCGGUUUUCAUGGUUGGGACCGUACCGGCCUUUACAUGUAUAGAUUCCAAGGUACAGUUACCCCCACUAUCGGGACCGGAUUUCAGCCGGAGAAAAGUGCUUGAUUCUAGCGCGAGUCCAGUCAAGUUGGAAGGCUUGGAGGUGUACGAUAGUGGCCACCGCAUUCGAUUCAAGUGGCAUGACCUGAUCCCGACGAUUAUUUAUACCACCUACGGGGUCGUUGACGAUGAGAACCAGAAGAAGAAGGGGGAAGAUAUCUGUGUAUCUUAG